AUGUUGAAGAUAAUCUAUGGACUGUUGCUAAUUUACUUGCUCACCACCGAAGCCUCGAUAGUUGUAGACAAGAACAUCACCAGCAGUAGCAGCAACAGCAGCGUCUCCAGCAGCACCAGCAAGAACAUCACGAAGAACAUCACGAAGAACACCACGGACCAGUCCUCUAUUCUGUCCCAGCUGACCGGGGAUCAGAAUGUCUGUCCAGUGUCGUCAGUGAUCAAGACCUCCAAGUUCACCCAGGUCUGUGGAAACCUGACGCUGCCUACUGAGUCAAAUGUCACCAGCCAGAACAUCAACCAGUUCUUGUGCUCGGCGGUCUGGCACAAAGCCGUCAAGCUCUGCAACCACACCAAGACCAAGUCUCCGAAUCUUGCAGAGCUUGAUCCCAAGGUAGGAAAUUUCCUGGCCCAGGAUCCGGGCUUUGAAAUUUUCGGGAAGGUCUGUAGGCACUGGAGGAUCAAUGAGACUUUUAGGUACGAAAAAACCCAGAAGUUUGUUGAUGAUUUGUCCGUAGUCCUGAGGAAGGACAAGACUUGCAUGGACCUGUGUGUGGAAAAGGACAGGCUCAGGGGCCUGUGUGUCUUGAUUUACUUUAUGGACCAGGCUGUUGAUGAUCUGCUGGUGACUAGUUCUAAAAAGGUUCAGGAUGAGAAAAAAGAGAAGGUCCAGGUUCAGGAGAAGCAGGUCCAGGUAGAAGAUAAGAAGGAGCAAGUGAAGGAAGCUGAGAAAGCUAAAGAAAAUGUUCAGGUUCAGGAUAAGAAGGUUGAUGCUGGAAAGCUUGGAGAUAAAAAAGAGGUCAAGGUGGACGAUAAGACCCUUCCGGUCAGUGAGGGGAAGGGGGAGAAACUGGAGAAAGUUGAGGGUGAUGGUGAUAAACUUUUGGGGGAAAAAGGUGAUAGUGUGCUGGAUAAUCCUAUCCCUACUGGUGAAGAAGCUUUUCCUUCGGAAAUUAAUGGCAAUCUUGAUCCUACGGAUCCAGACACUGGAAAUGACGACGGGGAUGAUAUAGAAAAAUAUUUUCUUCCAGACGUAGAAGCUCCAGUAAAAAGCCCCGGAACACAAGAAGAAGAGACGAUAAAAGAAGAUAUAGUACCGAGAUUAAGUAAUAUGCCCAAGGAAGACGACUCACAUUUCUUUGGGUACUUUUCAAUAUUAGGACUCAUUUGUGCUAUGGGUGGAUGUGUGCUUUAUCAUCAUAAGCAAAAGGUCCUGGCGAUUUUAUUAGAAGGAAGAAGAUCGCGGGGAGGUAGAGGAAGAAGGCGACCAAGUACCGCGAAUUACCGUAAGCUUGACUGCACUCUAGAAGAAGCUGUCACCUCGCAAUGCAGCUCAAACGCCACCAAUGUUAUUUAUUAA